CAAAUUAGGGUUUUAGGUUUGCUUGAGCAUCGAAAAGGAAGAUAGAAAUAGGAGGAGGGUAUAUAAUAAACGACUCUUAUCAAAACACUCCUCUUUUUCGUUUAAGCAAAUCUAGGGUUUUCUCUUCUCCAUCAACUGCUUUCUACUCUCUCUUCUCGAUCGUCAGCUACUACAAUGGCAGUCACCUUCUCCGAUCUCCAUACUGAAGCUGGUCUUAAAUCUCUUGAGGAGUAUCUCUCUGGAAAAACCUAUAUCUCUGGAGAUCAGAUCACUAGAGAUGAUGUGAAGGUUUUUGCUGCAGUUUCAGAGAAGCCUGGUUCUGCUUUUCCUAAUGCCAGCCGUUGGUAUGAGACUGUUUCAUCACUCCUAGCUGCAAGCUUCCCUGGGAAGGCUGCUGGCGUCAGAAUUGCUAGUGGAGCAGAGGCAGCUCCAGCAGUAGAAGCUGCAAAGGCUGCUCCAGUUGAAGCCGAUGAUGAUGACUUGGAUCUUUUUGGUGAUGAAACCGAGGAGGAUAAAAAGGCAGCAGAGGAGAGAGAGGCAGCUAAGAAAUCAUCUGCAAAGCCAAAAGAGAGUGGGAAAUCUUCUGUUCUUUUGGAUGUGAAACCUUGGGAUGAUGAGACUGACAUGAAGAAGCUUGAAGAGAUUGUUCGCAGCAUCGAAAUGGAAGGUCUUCACUGGGGAGCAUCAAAACUGGUUGCUGUUGGUUACGGUAUCAAGAAAUUGACAAUCAUGAUGACCAUCAUAGAUGACCUUGUCUCAGUGGACACUCUCAUCGAGGAACGCCUCACAGUGGAGCCUGCCAGCGACUACAUCCAGAGCUGUGAUAUUGUUGCCUUCAACAAAAUCUAAGACCACUGAUAUUUCUUUUUAGCUAUUGUACUUCAUCACUCUUUUAUCUAUCCAUUUUUGUAGGGAGGGUGACAUAGUUUCUUCUCACAAUGGUUUAUCGGUUCUAAACAUACGGUGGUUGUGUUUAAUCUUUCAAAUUAGAGAGCUUGAGUUUUAACCUUGGUUCUUUUACUGUGUUAUUAUUCAUCUCCUUCAAAUUGGCCUGAAGAUUA